UAUAUUUAAGUGUGAAUCUUCCUUCGUGUCUCGCGUCCGCCCACCCUCCCCCACUCCAAACAAUUGCCGCUUACCACUGGACCACACAUUUGUUUGUGUUUAUAAAGAAACAUAUAUUAAUAUUUGAAAACAUUAAAAAUAUAAUCAUGUUUAAAUUAUUAUUCCAUUUAAAUAAGGUAUAGACAUAUAAAAACCGUAACACGGACAAUUGACUAGUGUAAUUUGGUCUGAAACUGCAGAGCGAGUGCUCUUUGUACUGGGCAAAAGCCCAACCGAAUAGAAAAAAAAAAGGCGAAGGCCCAUUAGAAAAGAAAACCCAAAGCCAACCCUACGGCCCAACAAUCCAAACACCUCCCACUUCGUCUCUCCCCGUCCCUUCACGUCUUCACGAGUCCCCACGACUUUGGCGGCGAAACUCCACCGCCGUCGCCUCCGAUGGCGAUGCUCUGCAGAGCCACGCGCGUCCUCCGCAAGGUGUGCGGACUGGGACCCGCGGCGGCGGCGCGACGGCUCUCCGCCGCUGAAGCCUUCGCCGCGUGUGAGGGCUCACUCCUGCGCCCUCUACCCGGGCUGGACCUCCCGCCGUGCCUCCCUGACAACCUGAGCCGCAGCCCCACCCGGAUCACCACGCUCCCUAACGGCCUCAGAGUCGCCACCGAGGACGUCCCGGGUCCUUCUGCGUGCAUCGGUUUCUUCGUCGACUCCGGCUCCAUCUACGAGUCCGGGGAGACCACCGGCGUAUCGCACCUGCUGGAGAGGAUGGCCUUCAAGGACACCAAGCACCGGAGCCACCUCAACAUAGUGAGCGAGCUCGAGCUUGCCGGGGGCAACGUCGGCGCUUCAGCCUCCAGGGAGCAGAUGGUCUACAGCUAUGACACGCUCAAGGGAUACAUGCCAGAGGCUCUCGAGAUCCUCAUCGACUGCAUGCGCAACCCGCUCUUCCUCCAGGAAGAAGUCGAACGGCAGCUGGUUCUUGCUCGAGAAGAAGUAAAUGAGCUACAAAAGAACCCUGAGAAGUUUCUUCAUGAACAGCUUAACCUUGUUGGAUAUUCGGGUGCUCUUGCAAAUCCGCUAAUAGCUCCUGAGGAUGCCCUUGCUAGAAUCAAUGACAAAAUUAUUCAAAAGUUCUAUCAUGAAAAUUUUACUGCUGAUCGCGUGGUUCUAGCAGCAUCAGGUGUUGAUCACGAACACUUGCUAGGCUAUGCAGAUUUGUUGUUGAAAGAUUGGCACAAGGGGACCCCAAUGGAAAAGCCAAAGUCUACAUAUGUUGGUGGAGAUUCCAGACACAGAGCAGAUUCAGAUAUGACACAUGUUGCAUUAGCUUUUGAAGUGCCAGGGGGCUGGCUUCAAGAGAGAGACGCUACAAUUAUGACUGUCAUACAGACUUUAAUGGGUGGUGGUGGUUCAUUCUCAUCUGGCGGUCCUGGAAAAGGAAUGCAUUCACGGCUUUAUCGACGUGUCCUAAAUAAAUAUCACUUGGUUGAUUCUUUUUCUGCAUUUAACAAUGUAUAUGACAGCAGUGGCCUCUUUGGUAUCUACUUGACCACACCAUCAGAUUUUGUGGCAAAGGCUGUCGACAUCGCAGUAAGUGAAUUAAUUGCUGUCGCAACUCCUGGAGAAGAGGUUGAACUGCAACGAGCAAAAAAUUCAACGAUUUCAUCUGUAUUAAUGAAUCUUGAAUCUAGGGUAGUUGUUGCCGAAGAUAUUGGAAGGCAGCUGUUAUCUUAUGGUUGCAGGAAGCCUAUUGACUACUUCCUUCAAUGUAUGGAAGAAAUUACUCUAGAUGAUGUUGCAACAUUUGCCAGGAAGAUGCUAGCUACGCAACCCACAAUGGCUAGCUGGGGAAAUGUUGACAAAGUUCCCCCAUAUGAAUUUAUUUGCAAGCGGCUACAAUAGUACCCCUACACAAUGACCUCUGGACUCUGGUGGUCUUGAAGGAUCCUUUCGUGGAAAACUAAACAAUCACUUGUAUGAAGUGCCCUAGCUUAGAAACUGCUUUUCUUUCAGACAUGCAGUUUAGUGAGUUUAGGAUUUCAACAGCUAUGUUCAAUUGUAACUGUUCAAGCAACACAUAGUAAAUGAGAGGCUGAUGAAUGGCAAAUAUCAACAGUUUCUCCAUGGCCCAUUAGCAUUUUAUUGUCAUGUUCAGUGUUUUUAUGUACAUUUUCUGCGAUUAUGGAUAGCAGGAGUAUUCUGUUGCCCUUAAUUUCAUGUAUAAUUGGCUUCUGGAGCAUUGAAUCAUUGAUGCAUUAA